AUGUCCAUGUGGCUGGACCGCUUCUCGGUGCAGUCACGGGAGCCCACACCAUCUCCAACACCCACAUCCACCAGGUCUUUCUCUCCCGCGCCGAGGAGGUCGACACCGCUAGGACCGAGUACUCUGCAACGACGACCGGGACUGCAGCCGAGGAGUUCGUCGCUAUCCCUAGCAUCAGUCGCUGGUUCGACUGAUAGCUUGCCGGCGACAGCAAGAGUCCCGAAUGGCUCGAACUUGAAGAACCAGCUGUCACAGCAGACAGCUCCAGCCGAUGGACCGGAUCCCCUAACAGUUCUGCAAGGCAUAAUUGGCCCAACGCGAAAGCCGGAGAAUGAUGAUCUUGCCCUGGAAGGCCUCGACACCACUGCACUUGCACAGCAGAUUGACUUUGGUCAUUUGAGCUUGCAAGACUUCGCGAGCCAGGAUGCAGAGUGGGCUGAGAAGGGAAGCGAUGAGGAGAACGUCAAGGUCAUUCAGGACUUUGAGCAAGAGAAAGACAAGUUCGAAGAUUUGCACAAGUCUAUUGUGGCGUGCGAUGAGGUUCUGAAGUCAGUCGAGACGUAUCUGACCAGCUUCCAAGCAGAGCUGGCGGCAGUGUCUACGGAGAUUGAAUCUUUACAAAGUCGUUCGACAGCAUUGAAUAACAAGCUAGAGAACAGGAAAGCUGUUGAGAAAAUCCUCGGUCCGGAGGCUGAGGCUUUCAGCAUCCCACCUCACGUGGUACGGAAGAUUACCGAAGGCGCAGUCGAUGAACAGUGGAUCAAAUCGCUGCAGGAACUGGAAAAGCGGUCGAGAUCCAUAGAUGCCAAGCUCAGAGAAGGCAGAGAUAUCAAAGCUGCUCAAGAUGUUCAACCUUUCAUCAACGACAUCUCAAACAAAGCUGUAGAGCGUAUUCGCGACUACGUUGUGGCGCAGAUCAAGGCUCUCCGGUCGCCCAGCAUCAAUGCUCAAGUCAUUCAGCAGAACAGCUUUCUUCGAUACAAAGAUGUGUUCUCAUUCUUGGUUAAGCACCAGCCUGGUCUCGCAGAAGAGAUAUCGCAGGCUUACAGCAACACCAUGCGAUGGUACUACUUACACAACUUCACGCGAUACAAGGCGGCCGUGGAAAAGCUCAACGUACACGUCAUUGAUCAGACUGAUGUCCUCGCAGCUGAGGGUGGAGUGCGUAGACUGGGCAAAUCUGGGCCUCCUCAUGACACCUUCUCCAUUGGCCGACGAGCUGAUGUUAUUCGCUCAACGAACGACACAGCAUUGCCUUCCUUUGCCGCAGAAGAGGACAAGGGCACACAUUAUAUCGAAGUACCAUUCAGAGCGUACAAUCUGGCAUUGUUAGAUAAUGCCUCUGGCGAAUACUCUUUCCUGACCGAGUUCUUCUCCAAGCAGUCGUUCCACGCCACGAACAGGAAGUUCAAUGAGAUUUUCCAGCCGACCUUCGAACUUGGAUAUGCUCUGACCAAACAAUUAAUCGAGCAUACACUGGAUGCACUGGGUAUCUUGAUCUGCGUACGUCUCACGCAACACUUUGCUUUCGAGCUGCAGCGUAGGAAGAUCCCCGUGGGCGAGGGCUACAUCAACGGCACGAACAUGCUUCUUUGGCCUCGAUUCCAGCAAAUCAUCGAUGCGCAUUGCGACUCGAUACGAAAGCUCACGGCGUCACUCUCAGGGAAACCCGCCGGUUCUGCGCUCAGCUUGACAUCCUCGCCCUCGACAGCUCAGACCACAGCGCCUCAUCCUCUCACGCAACGCUUCGCCAAUUUCCUCCAAGGUAUUCUUGCUUUGAGUAGCGAGGCGGGAGAUGAUGAGCCAGUCUCGAACAGUCUCAGCAGGCUACGAGGGGACUUUCAGGCCUUCCUGAUCAAACUGAGCAAAGGCACGGCAGAGGCGAGAAAGCGGGAACGGUUCUUGUACAACAAUUAUUCGCUGAUAUGUACGAUUAUAGGAGAGACCGAGGGGAAGUUGGCGGAUGAGCAGAGGUCACAUUUUGCUGAUUUGAGGGAUGAUCUGGGUAUUGAACCUUAG